AUGGUUCGGAGCCUGCCAUCCACCUUGGCCGGCGCCAUUGGAGUAGUAAAGAAGGGUGAUGUUUUGGAGGGGGAACCUCGACACGGCUGGCUUUUGCUGGACUACCAAUUCAGCAUUGACCGUUUGGAGAAUGGCGAGGGCAGAUGGGUUCUUAUGGAUGGCAAAGACUUGGGGCUUGGAGUGUUGUUGCGUGUGCAGCUUCCAACGCCGAUAGUGACGAAGAUGUAUGCAAAUGCUUUGCAGCUAUCCUUCGAUCGUGACGUGAGUGCAUAUCAGUUGGAAGUGGAGCCUGAAAUCGGUGAAAAAUUUGACCUUCGUUGCUGUGAAGGCAAAUCAAUGCUUGUUCAUGGGCUGCAUUCGGACUGCCAUGUACGGCUUCGCUAUACCCUGGACAAGGACAUCGGUCCUCAUGGUGAAUGGGAAGCAGCUGAAACAACCUUUGUCCCUGACUGGGAGGAGACGCCGAUGGACCAUGUGUGGACUUAUUAG